UCACUGGGUUUCCAACGUGGAAGUGCAGAAGAAACAGAGAGAAAGAGAGGAAGAAGAGACGAAGAGAAAGGGGAAACACAAAGGAAAAGAGGAAGAUCGAUCGAGAUCUCCCUUGUGUUGUUCACAGUUGAAGAAAUUGAAGAGGAGAACGAGAGAAACUCAAGGGUAUCACAAGUUUCGGGUUUCAGCACAUCUAAACUUUUUUCCGUGGAGGUUGAAGAAGAUCGAAGUGUAUUUUGAUCAGUCUACUUUAAAGGAUCAUUACUUUGGUGAAGGAACUCAAAUCUGUGUGAUCCUGAGCUUGUUGGAAAGCUUAGAAAAUCUAGCUUCGUGUGGUUUCAAGUUACUUCAGUUAUUCCUCUGGGUGGUGGAGUCUGUGUUUAAAAAAAGUAUUGACAAUUCAAGAUGCCAAAGGAGAGAAGGGAUAGGUCCUUGUCGCAUGAAAGUAGCAGAGCAUCACCUUACCCGAGCAGCUCUAGUUGUGUUGGAAGAUCUGCUCUUAGAGAGUCAGAGGAAAACGUUAAAGAAUGGGAGGAUGCUAGGUGUCCAGUGUGCAUGGAACACCCUCACAAUGCUGUUCUCCUUAUAUGUUCAUCCCAUGAGAAAGGAUGCCGUCCUUACAUGUGUAACACUAGCUAUCGCCACUCAAACUGUCUUGAUCAGUUCCGCAAGUCAUUUGCUGAGACCGCAUCAACCAUUGCUCAAGUAGAAAGUCAAAUUUCUAACACUGUCGAUAGUAUAAUUGAUGUGCCAGAAGACAGAAAUGAGGAGGGGACUGUCCAAAGUGGAAUUAAUGUACCGGAAGACAUAAGUGAGGUGACUGUCCAAAGUAGAAUUGAUGUGCCUGAAGACAGAAGUGAGGGUUUGGUUACAAUGCAAGCCUUAUCCUGUGACAAUGAGGCAAAGUCAAAGUUAGUAUGCCCUCUAUGUAGAGGGCAAAUAAAAGAGUGGAAAGUAGUGGAGGCGGCUCGGCAUUUUAUGAAUGAAAAAUCAAGGAGUUGUUCUUGUGAGACUUGCAACUUCACUGGCACAUACCCAGAUCUUAGAAAGCAUGCAAGACUUGAACAUCCUCUAGAGCGCCCAUCUGCAGUAGACCCAGAACGUCAGCGUAACUGGAGGAGGUUAGAGCGCCAGAGGGAUCUUGGCGACCUCCUUAGCACACUUCAAACUUCAUUCGGGGUUGAUGAUCCCAUAGAUGAUGGUGGUCUGCUAGCUGUGUUUUUCCUCAUUCUUCAACCUGCAUCUGUGUCCAGGGGCACCACACUCCAGAUGCGAAUAAGAAGACCCGCGACACUAUGGGGGGAAAAUUAUGAUGGACAGUCUGGAUCUGAUGAUGCAAACGAAUCUUCAGAUGGAGGCUCUGAUAAUAGACCUCAUCGUGGUCGAGGACAGCGGACUCCUCCGCCGUGACUUGCAAAUCAUUGAUGAUACUGGCUUGCUCUUCUCUCACCCUUUUCUGCCUUUCCAGAAUGGUCAUGAAUACACGUCGGAUAUUGAUUGUUUAUCAGUAUAUUUAAUAUUUCUGCCAUACUUCCCAGGGAUUCUGAACGAUUGAGCUUGAAAUAAAAUUUACCGUUGUGCCA